GGUUGCCGUCGCCUCAAGUUCCUUCCACCGGUCAAUAGCCAUUAUUUGGCAGAUCACGUGUUUUUAAAUCUUACUAUUGGAAUAAACACACCUUGUCAUCACAGAUGUGUCAUGGAGAGUAGAUGUGUGUCAGUAAACAUUGGUCCGCCUGUAAACGACAAAGUUGUGUGUGAGCUUAGUGAUUCAGAUCACAUACAGCACCCACAACAUCUUAAACCAAAACACAGCUGGAUUUAUAGAGGCACCAGUGAGGUACCAAUGAAAAAUAGGUUUAAAACAUAAGUAGGUAAACCACCGACAGCCUAAUGUAUGUAUCGCUAAUUCUCGAUAAAAAAAAAAUACUAAAGCCUUUUAAGUAGGCGGAUGACUGAUGAUCCCGUUGAUGCGUUUCUGCUGCUGCUGCCGAUGAAGAUGAUGAUGGUGACGAUAUCGACUAAGAAAAUGGAUGAUAAUGAUACUGAAGUUGAUAAUAAUUAUGAUAUAUAAAUAUGUGUAUUCGCCCCUAUAAAUCGAAAAUUCCAAAAAAAUCCCAACCUCGAUGGAAAAAACGCUUGAAUUUUGCUGAAGUUAUCGAUAGGUUCGAGAGAUCUAAAUAACACCUUUUCUAUCUUAUAUGAUCUCAACAAGGUAAAUAAUUUUAAAUGUGAUUUUAAAAUUUGUUUAUUCUCCAUUAGAACCUUUGUGCCAGUAAUCCUUGUCUUAACCAUGGGACGUGCUUCACAGGAUAUACGAGCAAGAAAUACCUCUGUGUUUGCACAGAACGCUUCACAGGAGAAAACUGCGAG